GCGGUGAGACUCCACCCAUUGCCUAUCACCGCCUUAUCUCACCACACUCUUUAGAAGAUUGGACGGCCAUGGGGAAGUCCAAUACUUUGACGCACGAGGAGAUCUGGGAUGAUUCGUCCCUGGUGAGAUCGUGGGACGAUGCUGUGGAGGAAUACCAGCUCUAUCACAGUAUCCAUGCCAAGGGAGAGAAUGUCGAAGAUGUCCUGAGAGAGGCUGAAGAAACGGGCCUUACAGAGGAAGGCUACGUUGUCGAUACAGAGGAAGCGAAUGUCCACGAUGUUGCCAUGGAGCACGAACCCGAGGGCACUAAUGUAUCCGCUCCAGAUGUUACCGCUCCGGUCAUCAAGCCUGCAUUAGAGGCUAGCCAGCAGUCUGCUCCAGAGGUAGCAACACCUGCAGCUGGAGGCCCAAAGAUUCCCGUGGCCACUAUGCCGAUGCCUGAGGCUGUCUUAGCCCAAGUCCAAGAUGAAAGUCUGAAGAAGCUCAUGAUGGCCUGGUACUAUGCUGGGUAUUACACAGGCCUCCAUGAAGGGCAGCAACAAGCCAAUCAGACGAAGAGCUAAGCACUCGGAUGGAC